AUGGACGCAUCCGCUUGCGCCGCGGAGCGGGCAGCGCUGCGCCAGAAGCUGGAAGGCAGCAAGGUCGUGGAGGAGCUGUCCUCCAGCGCCUGGCGGCUGCGGAAGGGCGAGGAAGAUGUCGUGGUGGCCACGGAGGUCUUUAUGGACAAAGCGGAGCCUGCCAUCGAGUCGCUUCUCUUUGGGGCCCUAGCCUCAACGGGCGAUGGAUGGUUCUGCAACGACCGCUAUCACAAGCAGAUGGCCAAAGGUGCUGCUGAUGUUUGCGUGGAGGUCAUUUACCCUGCGACCAAGAAGGACAUCGACAAGCGGCGGAAGGCGAUCUUGGUUCGGGUGCCGGAGAGCCGAGAUCUCUACGAUGCAGUGACCGUGCCGAAGACCCUUCAGGGGGCCGAGAAGCGAGACACCUGGGUGGCCAAUAUCAUAGAAGGCAAGGCUGAGCAAGAAUUCGUGGUGAAGGAGCUGUCAGGCAAUGGCCUGGUGGUGGUUAAGGACUACAAGUGGCAAAAGAUGGAGGUUGUGGAUGACUUAUACUACCUAUGCCUUUUCUCCGAUAUGGCAGUCCGCUCGCUGAGAGAUUUGCGGGCUGAGCAUUUGCCUCUUCUCAAGAGGAUACGUGCAGAGGUCGUCCCUGGACUGGCCAGAAAGCAUGGCGUUGAAGCAUCAGCGCUAUUGGCGUAUGUGCACUAUCACCCAACUUUCUGGUACUUCCACGUGCACAUUGUCAACUACCACCACAACAUGUUCCAAAGCGAGAAGUCAGGUGAGAACUUGCUGCUGACUGCCAUGGAUCGUUUCCGCAAGCUUGAGGACGUCAUCUCGAUACUAGAAUCCACUGGAGUGACGCCUCGCGCCCUUGCAAAGCUGCGCAGAAAGAGGCGCUUUGUAGUGGCGGCUGCCAACCAGAUGUUGCAGCAUCUCUCCGAUGGCUUCAUGAGGGGGAUGUCGAUGCACAUGGACUCGGGGGCCUUGUCCCCGAUGUCCCAGGAGAUGGACUUCCACAACUCGCAGCUGAGGCUGGUGCGUGAGCAAACGGCCAACUGCAUCAAGGACCUGAAUGCCCUGAGGGCUGAGGUGAUGCUUUUGAAGUCCGAGCACGAGUCCGACCGCUUGAGUCACAGCGCAGCCGUGAACACCAUGGAGGGCAAGACCAUCGACGUGCAGGAGCAGUUUGAACGAGAGCGGCGCGAGCGUGACGGCUUGCUGCACCAGUUGUCAAACAAGGUGCAGGACAUGGAGCGCGACGUGCCCAGCAUGCGCGAGGAGGUAAAUGCCAUGCAGAGCCAGCUCCGGAACUUGGAGACGGCUUGGCACCCCCACAUCGAGGACCUGCAGAGCUCCUUCCUCAAAGAGGUCGAGGCUCGCAGCCACGCGCAUGGCAAGCUCGAACAGAAGAUCGCCGAGCUGGAUGCAGGCCUGGCCAAGAAUGGCUCGCUGCACAAGGAGCUCCACGAGAAGCACUCCUCGGCCCAGGAGCAUUUGGACAAGAUGAACCGGGAGCAUGCGCACAUGACGGGUAAGGUCGCAGAGAUGCAGGAGUGCCACAAUGCCUUGCGAAAGCAUUUGGAGGACGACAAGGCGCAGAAAGAGAAAGCGCUGGAGGACUUGCAUUCUACAUUUUCCCAGCACGGCAAGCAUUUGAGCGAGCACACGUCUUCCAGCCAGGAGCGCCUGGACUACCUGGAGAAGCUCAUGGGCGACUCCGCGGACCGCCACACGCGCGAGCUGGCUGCCACGCGCCAAAGGUUCCAGGACCACUCCGCGCAGUCCAAGGGGCUUCAGGAGCAAAUGGCCACUUCUUUGGCUUCACGCGUGGAGUUCCUCGAGAAGAGUCUGGGCGACUCUGCUGCAAAGCACUGCCAGGAGCUGCGCGACGCGCAUCAGAAGAUCACAGAUCUGCACGGCCAGAUCACCGAGCACAGCGCGAGGAAACAUGCCACGCUGCAGGAGCGGAUGGACUUCAUCGAGCACAUGAUCGGGGACAAUGUGCAGCGCCACGGCGAGGAGCUGAAGAAGACGCAGCAAAAGGUGUCCGAGUUGCAUGGCAAGCUCGGAGCGGGGCCGGCUGGCUCGCGCAACAAUGGCGACUCGCAGGUCACCUUUGCGAACCGGCUGCAGUACUUGGAACAGGCGCUGGGCGACUCAGCAGCCAAGCACCAGGAGGAGCUGAGCCAUGCCCACAGCAAGCUCGAGACGCUCCACGGCCGGAUGUCCCAAAUGGAGGCGGCCAUGGUGGAUGAGUUGAAGCACCACAGUGAGAAGCACAGCUCCGCUCUGGACGACUUGAAGACUGCCCAUGCGAAUCUGAGCAACGACAAGUCCAGCCUGGACCAGCAUCACUCCAACCUGAAGGAGCGCGUUGACUACCUGGAGAGCAUGAUGGGUGACUCAGCGGACCAUCACAAGAAGGUCUUGGAGGAGCAAAAGGCGAGCCACACGAAACUGGCCAACGACUUGCGCGCCCGCGAGGCGAGCCAUGCCACGAUGACGGAUCGCAUGACCUACAUCGAGCAGCGCAUGGGGGACUCCUUUGACAAGCACAGCCAGGAGCUGGCUGCUGCGGUUGCAAAAGUCGAUGCAGUGCACGCGCGAGUCUCUGAAGAGCGUGUAGCCAGGGAGGCGCACGGCGCCUCUCUGGAGAGCCUGAGGAAGGCGCACAACAGCAUGGCCAGUGACAAGAUGGCGCUGGAAAAGCAUCAUUCAACUUUGACGGAGCGCAUUGACUAUCUCGAAAAGGCUUUGGGCGACUCCUCGGAGAAGCACAGCCGGGACUUAGAGGCCUUGAAGGCGGCCCACCAGAAGAUCGCCUCGGACAGCAAGGGCAAGGAGCAGAGCCACGGAGUGGUCACGGAGCGCUUGGGCCAGCUCCAGAGGGAGAAGGAAGAUCUGCAAGCGCGGCACAUGUCUUUGGGCGAGCGCGUGGAUUACUUGGAGAAGCUGCUUGGGGAGAGCGGAGAGAAGCAUGCGCAGGAGCUUGAGAAAGUCAAGGCCAAGCACGCAAAAGACUUGGAAGCCAGCAGCGCCAAGCUCCAGGGCCAUCACCUCGGCAUGCAGGAGCGUUUAGAGUUCCUGGAAGGGAAGUUGGGGGACUCCGCCGAGAAGCACGCCAAGGAACUGGGGAACGUGCACAACAAGGUGGACCAACUGCACAGCAAAUUGCUGGAGGAGAGAAGCCAGCGAGAGGAGAAAGUGCAGACCCUUCACGGCCAUGUCCGCGAUCAAGUCGCCGGAGAGCAAAAGGUCCGUGAGGAGCGCCAUGCCUCCAUGGAGGAGCGGCUGAAGUUCUUGGAGGGCCUCCUGGGGGACAAUGCAGAUAAGCAUAGCAAGGGCGUAGAGGAGCACACCAAGAAUGUAAAGGUCUUGCAGGAGAAGCACGCUGGGCUUUCGGAGCGCUUGGACUACUUGGAGAAGGCGCUUGGGGAUUCAGCGGACAAGCAUACUCAGGAGACCGCGGCGCAGCAGCUCAAGCUGGAGCAGCUGCACGGAAAGCUGAGCGAUCAUCAGACAAGCCACGAGGCUUACGUGGCCAAGAGCCAGCACCUCAUCGACAGGGAGAAAGAAGCCAGGGAAGGGAACCACGCGUCGCUGGUCACCCGAUUGAACCACUUGGAGGAGCUUCUCACUGGGCACUCCAAGGACCACGAGGGCCACCGGGCAGGGCAGGCCAAGCUGGGCCAGGAGCUCAAGGCCCGAGCCACUGCACACAGCUCCUUGGAAGAGCGCCUCACAUAUUUGGAGAAGUCGCUCGGUGACUCUGCAGACAAGCACGCAGAAGCGUCCAAGGAGCUGCAGCUGGCCCAGGCUAAGUUCGAACAGGUGCACAGCCGGCUGUCGCAAGUGGAGAAGCAUGGGGAGCACAUUGACGAACUCAAGAAGGUCCAAGCAACAGCCAGCAGUCAGAAGGCGCAGCAGGACAUCGCCCACGUGUCUCUGAGGGAGCGCGUGGAUUUCCUCGAGUCGAGCCUCGGUGACAAUGCAGAGAAGCACAGCAAGGUGGGGAGGAAUCUGCUGCCUUGCAGCCGUUUCGGCUAUCCGCUAGUGGCAAUGGCAGACCUCAUGCCGGCGGUUGCCACUUCAGCGGAUCUGGCGACAGCUCCGAAGAAGAGCCGAGUUUCCGACGAGUACAAGGAGCUGGAGAAGGAGGAUUCCCUGCUGCAGCACAAUCCCAGACGCUGGGUGAUGUUUCCCAUCCAGCACGAAGAGCUUUACGAGUUCUACAAGAAGCACAAGGCUUCUUUCUGGACGGCGGAGGAGAUCGAUUUGAUGCAGGACAACAAGGACUGGGAGAGGCUGACAGAGGGGGAGCAGCACUUUGUGAAGCAUGUCUUGGCGUUCUUCGCAGCCAACGGGAUCGUGCCGGAGAACCUCGCGGCGCAGUUCUCCACAGAAGUCCAGAUGCCGGAGGCGCGGGCCUUCUAUGGGUUCCAGAUGGCCAUGGAGAACAUCCACUCCGAGACCUAUUCCCUGCUGAUCGAGCAGUACAUCAAGGACCCGGCGGAGAAGGACCGGCUCUUCGAGGCGGUCCACGGGAUGCCCGCGGUGCGCGAGAAGGCCGAGUGGGCGGUGCAGUGGAUGAACCGGGAGGCCUCCUUCACUGAGAGACUGGUGGCCUUUGCUGUGGUGGAGGGGAUCUUCUUCAGCGGGUCCUGUUGUGCACUCUUCUGGCUGAAGAAGCGAGGCCUGAUGCCUGGCCUGACAUUUUCCAACGAGCUCAUCUCUAGGGACGAAGGGCUUCACGCAGACUUCACCUGUUUUCUGUAUGGCAUGUUGCAGAAGAAGCUGCCGGAGGACAUCGUGCACGAGAUGAUCCGCGGCGCCGUUGAAGUGGAGCGGGGCUUCAUUUGCGGCGCUCUGCCCUGCGAUCUCAUCGGCAUGAACAAGGACUUGAUGACUCAGUACAUUGAGUUUGUGGCAGAUCGCCUGCUGAGUGCAUUGGGCCACAGCAAAGUGUUUGGAUCUGCCAACCCCUUCGACUGGAUGGAGAUGAUCUCUUUGCAGGGGAAGACCAACUUCGAGAAGCGGGCGGGUGAGUACCAGAAAGCCGGGGUCAUGGCUCCAGUUGAGCCCUUCACCGCAUUCGCGCUGGACAAGGAUUUCUGA